UCACGGGCUCCGGUCCCGGCGGCAGAAAUAGGGCAGCCGCGGCUGCGGUGGCAUAGCAGCGGGCAGCGGCGGCUCAGAGAGCUGGAGCCUUGACAGCUCCAGAGAACCCGGGACCCGCCGACAGCCGGAGAGACCGACCGAAGGACUUGGGGCCGGGUCGCCGCGGCCGUGGCCACUGGGCGCUCCCUCCUUGUCGCCCGAGUCCGGCCACCUGGUCUUCCCCUCGGCCCCGCCGCCUCAGACUCAACAAAAUGAAACCAGGAGGCUUUUGGCUGCGUCUCACCCUGCUCGGGGCCUCUCUGCCAGCGGCACUGGGAUGGAUGGACCCAGGAACCCUCAGAGGCCACCAUGUGGGUGUGGGGGAGUCACAGAUGGAGGAAUCCAGAAGCUUUGAAGUCACAAGAAGAGAAGGGCUUUCAGGCCACAGCGGGCUGUUGGACUCCUGCGGGAAGAAGUUCUGCAGCCGAGGCAGCCAGUGCGUGCUCAGCAAGGAGACAGGGGAGCCCGAGUGCCGGUGCCUGGAGGCAUGCAGGCCCAGCUACGUGCCCGUGUGCGGCUCGGAUGGCAGGUUUUAUGAAAACCACUGUGAGCUCCACCGCACUGCCUGCCUGCUGGGGAGGAAGAUCGUCGUCACCCGCAGCAAGGACUGCUUCCUCAGAGGUGACACAUGCACGAUGGCUGGCUAUGCCCGCCUGAAGAACGUCCUUCUGGCGCUCCAGACCCGCCUGCGGCCCCCCCAAGAAGGAAGCAGGAGAGAUGACCCCGCCUCCCAGAAGCGCCUCCUGGUGGAAUCUCUGUUUAAGGGCUUGGAUGCGGAUGGCAGCGGCCACCUCAGCAGCUCGGAGCUAGCACAGCACAUGCUGAAGGAUCAGGACCUGGAUGGAGACUUACUUGGCUGCUCUCCAGCUGACCUCCUCCGAUUUGACGACUACAACAGUGACGACUCCCUGACCCUCCACGAGUUCUACACAGCCUUCCAGGUGGUUCAGCUCAGCCUCGCUCCUGAGGACAGGGUCAGCAUGACCACAGUGACUGUGGGGCUGAGCACAGUGCUGACCUGUGCUAUCCGUGGAGAUCUGAGGCCACCAAUUGUCUGGAAACGCAACGGACUCACCUUGAACUUCUUAGACUUGGAAGAUAUCAAUGACUUUGGAGAGGAUGACUCCCUGUACAUCACCAAGGUGACCACCAUCCACAUGGGCAAUUACACCUGCCACGCCUCGGGCCACGAGGAGCUGUUCCAGACCCACGUCCUGCAGGUGAAUGUGCCACCAGUCAUCCGCGUCUACCCAGAGACCCAAGCACAGGAGCCCGGAGUGGCUGCCAGCCUGAGGUGCCAUGCAGAGGGCAUUCCUGUGCCAAGAAUUACAUGGCUGAAAAAUGGCAUGGAUGUCUCAGCCCAGAUGUCUAAACAGCUCUCCCUUAUAGCCAAUGGGAGCGAACUCCAUAUCGGCAGCGUUCGGUAUGAAGACACAGGGGCAUACACCUGCAUUGCCAAAAAUGAAGUGGGUGUGGAUGAAGAUAUCUCCUCACUCUUCAUUGAAGACUCAGCCAGAAAGACCCUUGCAAACAUCCUGUGGCGAGAGGAAGGCCUCAGCGUGGGAAACAUGUUCUACGUCUUCUCUGACAAUGGCAUCAUCGUCAUUCACCCCAUGGACUGUGAGAUCCAGCGGCACCUCAGACCCACAGAGAAGGUUUUCAUGAGCUAUGAAGAAAUCUGUCCCCAACAAGCAGGAGACCCAGCCCAGCCAUGCCAGUGGGCAUCUGCAGUCAACGUCAGGAACCGAUACAUCUACGUGGCCCAGCCAGUAUUGAGCAGAGUCCUUGUGGUUGACGUCCAAGCCCAGAAAGUACUACAGUCCAUAGGUGUGGACCCUCUGCCAGCUAAGCUGUCCUAUGACAAGUCACAUGACCAAGUUUGGGUCCUGAGCUGGGGAGAUGUACAUAAGUCAAAACCAAGCCUCCAGGUAAUCACAGAAGCCAGCACUGGCCAGGGCCAGCACCUCAUCCGCACACCCUUUGCAGGAGUGGACGAUUUCUUCAUUCCCCCAACAAACCUCAUCAUCAACCACAUCAGGUUUGGCUUCAUCCUCAACAAGUCGGGCCCCGCGGUCCACAAGGUGGACCUGGAGACACUGCUGCUGCUCAAGACCAUCGGCCUCCAGCAGCACGGCUGCGUGCCGCAGGCCAUGGCGCACACCCACCGCGGCGGCUACUUCUUCGUGCAGUGCGGGCCGGACAGCUCCGUGCCCGCCACCCCGCAGCUGAUCAUCGACAGUGUCACGGACUCCGUGGUCGGCCCCAACGGUGACGUGGCAGGCACCCCACACGUGUCCCCGGACGGGCGCUUCGUGGUCAGCGCAGCUGCCGACAGUCCCUGGCUGCACGUGCAGGAAGUCACCACUCGGGGGGAGAUCCAGACGCGGUCCCGGCUGGACGCGCGGCCGGGCGUCUCGGACUUGGCCUUCCAGCGCUCCUUCACCCAGGCCAACCAGUACGCCGCGUACGCCGCACUGGCGCGGGGGCCCGGCCUGCUCUUCCUGGAGCUGCCGGUGGGCAAGGCCGCCGUGCUGGAGGAUCUGAAGGGGCCGCCCGCGGGGCCCAGCCGGCCCUGGGGGGGCCCCCGACGGAUCGUGAGGGACAGUGGGCUGUUCGGACAGUACCUCCUCACUCCGGCCCAAGAGUCGCUGUUCCUCAUCAAUGGGAGACAAAACGCACUGCGGUGUGAGGUGUCGGGCGUAAAGGGGGGGACCACGGUGGUGUGGGUGGGCGAGGUCUGAGGGACCCCCAGCAGAGCCCUGGGCCAAGGAGCACGGCCUCGUCCUGACACCGCACUCCCAAGCUGGCGCUUGUACAUUUUUCCAGACAAAAAGCAAAAACCUGUAUUCGCUUUGUGGUUCAACACUGGUCUCCUUGCAAGUUUCCCAGUAUAUGGUUCGCGCUGCUACCAAGAUCCGGGUUUUUUCGUUAGGAAGUAUGAUUUAUGCCUUGAGCUGCAGUGCGAUCACAUGCGGCUGCUGUGUAAAGGAAUCAUUUCUGUGCCGGGCUGCACGCCACGUGACCUGGGGACGC